UUAUCUAUUAAUAAUACAAUAUUAUGAACUCUAGCCGUUUCACAGUAUUUCGAACUAUACUGUGACACUGUGUUUGAUGAUUUUUUUGUUGGCACAGGUGUGCGUGUUAGUGAACCUGUGAUGUAAAUGUAAAUAAUAAAAUGCCUCUUUUCCGAGGUAAACUACUCGAUAAAAUAUGCCGAUUCGUGAGAUGUUUACUGUGAAGGGCUCCAUUCUUUCCAUCCGUGUUUCAAAAUUAUGGCUGAAGACGAGGAUUUUCCUGGUCGACUGUUACACCAGGUUGCAUUAUGGGACAAUGUAGACUUUUUGACAGACCUCCUUAAAGACGACGAGCAUAAAAAAUUCAUAAACAGCCGUGAUUCAUGGGGACGCACUGCUCUUCAUGCAGCAUGUUCAAAUGAAAGUUCUGAUUGUCUGGAAAUAUUACUCAAUGCUGGUGCUCUUGUAGAUACACCAUGUGGUCCUCGUGGCGAGUCCAGGACAGCAUUACAUAUAAGUGCACAUAUUGGAUGUCCGAAAAAUAUACAAACACUUUUAAAUCACAAUGCAAAUGUAAUGUUGCAAGACUCUAAUGGAUUUACAGCACUUGAUAUAGCUCUUAAUGCAGAAAAUACUGUUUGCAGCAAAUUGCUGAAAGAUGCUUCAGAUUCUUGGGAAGAGUCACAAAUUACAAUUCAUAUGGCUUUGCGAGAAGCGAUCUGUAGAGGUGAUAUUAGUACGACCAAAACAAUUUUGUCAGAACUUGGAUCUAAGGAAGAAUUUAUUGUUAACAUGGCACCUAAUGGUACCACUACAUUAUUGUACUGUGCUUGUGAAGUGGGUAAAAAAGACUUAGUGAAAAUGUUACUGGACCAUAAAGCUGAUGGUAGAAUACAUCCAAUCACUCRGUAUUCUCCUCUUUACAUUGUUGCUUUCAAAGGGAAAAAAGAUGUUUUUGAAAUUCUUCUCAAGAAAUUCCCUGAUCUCAUUCGACAAACUACUGUUGAAAAAUGGUUGCCAAUUCAUGCGGCAUGUAUAAAUGGAAAUAUUCAAGUCUUAGAGCUUCUACUAAAAUAUUCUUAUCCUCCUAAUAUGUUGAUAAAAUUAAGAAAAGAUAAUUGGGAAUAUGACGUCCCAUUUGACAUAAACACUAAAGAUGUCAAUGGUCAAACAGUGUUGUAUUUGGCUUGUCUCUUAGGAAACUCAAAAAUUGUUGACAUACUGUUGAAAUACCAAGUGAAAGCUAUAAAGAUUAGUGGCACUGAUGGAGUUUCUGCAAAAGAUGAUAAUAAUGACAUAUCAAAACGUAGCCGUAUUUCUGAAGGUAUACAGUCAAUAGUCUCUCGUCUUAGAGGGAGUAUGACAAAGGAAAUUGAUUUGAAUGARAAAAACAUAAGACCUGUAGAAGUAAAUGUGUAUUGUAAUGAAGAAGCUCCAGAAACAGCUCUUCAUGCUGCUGUACGAAACGGAUAUAAAGAUGUGGUUAUCGCRUUACUUGAAAAUGGUGCCGAUCCUAAUCUACUAACUUUACAACCAACUGCUGAUUACAAACAAAAAGAUGACGAUGUUCGAGAAGCUGGUACUUCUCCAUUGACUCUAGCAUGUAGUAAAGGAGAUACAGCUAUUGUUGAAUUACUGUUGAAAUAUGGCUCUAGAGAUGAUGAUUGUAAAGCUCUUGCAGCUGCAAUGUUAACUAAAAACCAACAUUUAAUUACAACAUUGCUCGGGACUAAAGCUUUUGCUGAUCCCGAACACAAGAUUAAUAAAAAGGCUAUGACGGAUAAUAUUGCAUCACAAUUUGGUGGUCUAUCAAGUUUAACAUACAGUAACAUAUUUCCUAGUACUCCAGUUAUGAUAAAUUGGCAUAGUCAGAGAUGUAAACUUGAAUCCAUAAAAUCACAGUGKCUGAUUGACGGUGCUCUUCAUAUUAAUCCAAGAUUAAAAAUGAAUCCUCGAAGUAGAGAAAUUGUUUUGUUUGCUAUAACUAGAUUGGAUAUAUCAAAUAAUUCGCUAACCCAAGUGCCGGCAAUCAUUUUUCAAUUACAGAGUCUCAGGUAUUUAAAUUUGGCUCAAAACAAAAUUGAAAGAUUACCCGAUCCUAAAGAUUCUCAUCAAGUAACCUCUCCUACUAGCAAGAAAAUGUCCAAACUAUACAAAUCUAUCUAUACAGCAAAUGUUCUAGAGGAAAUUUACUUGCAAGAUAAUCGUCUUGAUAAAAUUCCUGAAGAACUAUUCAGACUGCCUUCAUUAACUACACUUGACUUGUCCAACAACAAACUUCAUUCUGUACCUUUUCAAAUGUGGCGAGCGCCUAAACUAAAAGAUUUGAAUAUGGCAUUCAACUUGAUAAAAGAACUUCCAUAUGCUCAAUCAGAAGAUGAAGCCAGAAGUUUACGAGAAAAAUCUGUUGGAAGAAUUCCCAUAUUAGACAAGGCUUAUGAAGUUAAAGAAAUUGAUGUCAAUGAUAUUGAUGAAAGUAUACCAUUAGUUCAUCAUAAUGUUUGGAAUCACACCAUUGAAAUAAUGGAACAAAUCGUAAGAGUUGAUGAUACAUCAGAAGUAAAAUCUAACAACUCACAAUUAUCAUCAUUGAACUUAUCACAUAAUAGAUUUAGCUCAAUACCUCCUGUACUCUCAUGUUUAGCCGUAAACCUGACACGACUAAACAUGUCGUAUAAUUGUCUCAGAACAAUGAGUUAUAUUACAUCAUAUCCCAGUUCACUCAAACAAUUAGACCUAAGCCACAAUAAAAUAUGUGUUUGGCCUAGUUUACCUCAAAUUAAUCUAGAAGAGGCUACACCUGAUCAAGAAAAUCUAUUAUGUUAUAGAUUGGAAACUGGACAAGUUCCCAAAUCAACUGUACCAUCAAAAAUACGAACUAGUAGACGAAUGUCAUUACGAGCAAAUAUUUUGAACCGUGUAUGUUCACACAGACGCCAUUUAAGGCUUGAAAAUUUAAGAACUUUAAUGUUAGCCGAUAACUGUAUGAACAGAAUACAAUUGUCAACUGAUGAUGAUGGAUUUUCUACUGUUUCAAACGAUUCAGCUGAUGAGUUGGAUGACUGGGAAACAGUAGGUGCAGUUGUGGGACAUUCAAAAUCAAAAUUAAUUUUUCCUAACUUGAGCAUGUUGGAUUUAAGUAAUAAUCAAUUAAAAGAAAUUCCUUCUAAUAUAAAUGAACUCAUUAACUUGUCUGUUUUAAACAUUAGUGGAAAUAAAGAUGUAACAGAACUACCUUCACAAAUGGGUCUAUUGUCUCGAUUGUGGAAUUUAAACACCAGAGGCUGUAGCCUUCAGGAACCACUUAAAUCUAUGAUUGAUUCAAAUAAGUAUAAAACAAUGGAUGUUAUUGGUUAUUUGAAGUCGGUUCUUGAAGAUGCUAAACCAUAUGCUCGCAUGAAAUUAAUGAUUGUUGGYGUACAAGGAAUUGGUAAAACAUCAUUAUUGGACCAACUUAGGCAAGAAGGCAUUGGCAAUUAUAAAAAAAAACCUAUAGAUCAUUGGGCAAAACGAAUGGGAAAUAAAAGUAUAAAUCAAAAGACCAACAAAGGGACAAAUAUUUCAACAGUUGGUGUUGAUAUUGGUGAUUGGGUGUAUGAAAAAAAAAUCAGAGGCAAUUCUCAAUAUGGCCCAGUGAUGUUUAGAACUUGGGACUUUGGUGGACAAAAUGAAUACUAUGCCACACAUCAAUACUUCUUAUCCAAAAGAAGCUUGUACAUUGUGGUUUGGAAAAUCACAGAUGGUCAUCGAGGAAUUGCAGAAAUCUUGCAAUGGCUUGUCAACAUUCAAGCCCGUGCGCCAAAUUCACCUGUUAUAAUUGUUGGUACACAUUACGAUGUCAUAAGUACUAUGUCUCCUGAAUAUCAUUCAGAACAAUUACAACAACUAAUCAGAGAUCGAUUUAUCAAUAUAGUGGAUGCAGAAAAAUAUGGUUUACCUAGAGUGUUAGAUACAAUUGAAAUCAGUUGUAAAACAAAGCAUAACAUUAAACUUUUGUGUAAUAUUAUUUACGAUACAGUAUUCAGUCUUAGACCUCCUGGAAGCAAAGAACUUUUAUUGGAACAAAGGGUUCCAGCAACAUAUUUAGCAUUAGAAGACAUUGUGAGCCACAUAGGAUCUGAAAGACGACAAGCUGGCAUGGAUCCUGUUUUAAGCUUGGAUCAAUUUAGAACUGCAGUUAAUGCAGAAAUGUUAUCUAGAUACCAAAAAUCAUUUCGAGAUAUGGCUGAACUUAACCAAGCAAUUUUGUUCUUACAUGAAAAUGGUGUUCUGUUGCAUUACGAUGAUGCAACAUUGAAAGAUCUAUAUUUUUUAGAUCCACAAUGGUUAUGCGACAUGUUAGCACAUGUAGUAACAAUUAGAGAAAUCAAUCCUUUUGCUCGAUCAGGUGUAAUGAAAUUAGAUGAUCUACAAAUUGUGUUGAAAUCAUCUACAUGUACAAGAGAAUAUAUUGUUAAUUUGCUCAAUAAAUUUGAAGUAGCGCUAACUUGGGACAGUAGAUCUUUAUUAAUACCAUCUCUUUUACCAUCAGAAGAGGAUAUGUAUAGUCAAAGAGCACAACCGGUAUCUAUCAAAGUUCCAUUGAAAUCAAAAAUUCAUAAAUUAAGAACUAAAGUUUCAAGUCCACCAACAUUAGAUUUAAUUGACAUCGGAGAGCAUAUARCAAGUCGUUCAGAUCCAGAAGUAUCAGUUCGCCGUUUAUUACUCAUGUCAUAUUUUCCAUCUGGCUUUUGGUCUCGGCUAAUAACUCGAAUUCUUGGAGAUGACACAAUUAUCCAUGUGAUCAGACAAUUUUUUAUGCCAACAGAGGUGAAUGGUGAUGAUUUUAUGUGCUCUGAUUUUCAAACUCACUUUGAUUGGAUUUUAUGGCAAACUGGAAUUGAAUUAAAAUUUGCUAAUAAAAUUACUUUGUUUCGCAUGAAAGAAGUAAUACAACGAAACUUUCCUAUAAAUUAUAGACAUUUAAGAUUUCAACUUUACCAAGAAAACUCUUGGUAUGAUAUACCAAUAAAAACUUCUUCUAUUCUUGAAACUUACUUACCUUUAGAUACAGUAAUUAUAAAGAGACCAAUAAAAAAUAAAGAUGAAGAAGACAUAGGUUUCAGAGCUAUUGUAUUAGAUCCAUCUCCUGUACAAGCAGCAAAAUUAUUGGCCUUAGUAGUGGACCAUAUAGAUGUACUACUAGAAGACUGGUAUCCAACAUUAGGUACCAGAUUUGUUCAUACAUCUGAAGGAAAAUGUUUAGUAACUAGACUUGUUCCAUGUCCAAGGUGUUUAGCUGGAAGUGUUGAAGCUGAUAGUAUUUCAAUUGACAUGAAAGAUGAUGAUGGUAUGAGUAAAAUAGAUCAUAUUUCUAAAGAGUUUUUAAAGAGAGAUUCGGACAAUAAAAACAUUGUGCGCAAAUCACAAGAAAGUUACAAUGGUUCUGACGGGGGUGACAGUGGUUUUGGACAUGAUAUUAGUCCACAAUCAAGUAGAAAAGUAUCUGUUGAAGGUCAUUCCUUAGCAUCAGAUGAUCAAGUUGAAGGUACUAUACAUUACGGAUGGAUAGUGGAAGAUUGUAUUCUAGCUGCAUCAUCAGUGGAUAAACUUUGUGUUGUAUGUCCCAAGCAUGGAGAUUUACCUUUGGCACAGGUUGCUCCUGAUACUGUAUUUUUGGAUUUGGGUGAAGAAUUAAUCAUCAAUGAUCAAGAUAUUAUUCGAGGUAAAUUAUUAGGCCGUGGAGCAUUUGGUUUUGUUUUUAAAGGCGUGUGUAAAGGAAAAAAACCUGGUAAUAGUAUACAAAUUGCUAUUAAAAUGCUCCAGCCUGUGCCACCAGGGCCUAAUGCUAGUCAGUCUGCUGUUAUAGCCUAUAAAGGAGCUCAAGCAAAAUGGGACCGUGACCCUCUUCAAUAUACAUGUAAAUCUUAUUGUAGUGCUAGACAAGAACUAAAUAUAAUGCUGAAUCUGAAACAUCUAAAUAUUGUUCCAUUAAUUGGUGUUUGUACAAAACCAUUGGCACUUAUUCUCGAUCUUGCACCAAUGGGGGCAUUGGAUCAGAUUUUAAGGAACUAUCGAAGGUCUGGUUCAAAAUUUGACCCUCAUAUUCUGCAACAAAUUGUUUUCCAAACUGCAAAAGCAUUAGAAUAUUUACAUCAGCAGCGAAUUAUAUACAGAGAUUUAAAAAGUGAAAAUGUCCUUGUUUGGUCUAUCCCAGUGCCACUUCAAGAUCCUUAUGCAGUUAACACUCAUGUUAAGAUGGCAGAUUACGGAAUUAGUCGCUUAUCUCUACCAUCUGGAACCAAAGGUUUUGGUGGUACAGAAGGUUUUAUGGCUCCUGAAAUAAUAAAAUACAAUGGUGAAGAAGAAUAUACUGAAAAAGUAGACUGCUUUUCAUUUGGUAUGUUUAUUUAUGAACUGGUAACUAUGCAUCAACCAUUUGAAAAUCAUGAAUCUGUAAAAGAAAGUAUAUUAGAAGGACAUCGGCCAGCAUUGACAUAUAGAGAAACAGCUUAUCCAAGUUAUUUGCUUGAUUUGAUGGCAGUGUGCUGGUCUCAAAGUCCAAAAGAACGUCCUUCAGCCAGCCAAAUCGUUUCUAUAGUGUCAGCUCCCGAAUUUACUCAUUUAUACGAUGUAGUCUCUCUGAGCCAUUCAGCUGAUGUGAUUUCUUGUACUCGAAUACCAUUACCACUUAGUGAAGAUAACGAGAAUAGUGGUGACGAAAUAUGGUUACCUUGUUCUAAUGGAAAACUUGAUAGAUUGGCAUUUAGCAUCACAAAUUGGUUUCAUUAUAGAAGUACAAAUGUUGCACAUAAAAUUACAACCAUUUGUUCAGUAGAUGAUUAUAGUGUUUGGUUAGGAGAUGUAGAAGGACAAAUUCAUGCUUACUCGACUAAUGAUAGCAAGUACAUGUUUAGCUAUAAACUUACAACAGACGAUCAAAAAUUUGGAGUGAAGCGCAUAGUAACACUGAAAGAUAGACAUAGGGUUGCAGUAGGUUUGGAAAAUGGAAGAAUAUUUCUUGUAAGAAGUGACAUGUCACCUUUAGCUCCAACCAUGGGAGAAGGAAGUUUUGUGAUGAGUGAACUCGGUAGUUCUACCAUUCUGUUUGAUUUUAUAGCUGUUGAUAGUAAUAAGACUUGUGAACUAUGGUGUGGAGAGAAUCAAGGCCGAAUAUCUGUUUAUACUAUAAAACAAAAUGUGGCAAUAAAUUAUGAAGUUCUUAAACAUUUUGACUACACCGGCUUGGAGACACAAGUAAUGUCUUUGACCACUUCUCGUGGUCAUAAUUUAGUAUGGUCAUAUGUGCAUCCAGGUUGUAUUGUUUAUCAAUGGGAUGUAGCUACCAGAAAUAUAAUGAACAAGUUAGAUUGUUCAAAACUAAUACCGUGUUCAGAAAGUUUAAAAUCUAUUAGUAUAGAAGAACGAUUAAGCCCAGGAAAAUGUCAGAUCACCAGUAUUUGUGCAGUUGGUGAUGAACUAUAUUUAGGUACUGCCUGGGGCUGCAUUGUAGUUGUUGAACAAGAUACUGCUAGGCCUAUUACUGUAUUUAGACCUUAUGAGCAAGAAGUAACAUGUAUUGCGGCUGCUUGUGAAGGUAAUGCUAUCAUAAGUAUUGGCCAUGGAUACCGAAGUUUAUUGAAAAGGUACAUAUCUCAUUGUAAUGAUAUGGCCGACAUAACAGGUACAACAUUUGCAAUACUUUGGUCAACACGCAACUGGAAUGCUUAUUAAUAUAUUAUUUAAUCCAAUAUAUAUUUCAUUUUAUGUCAUUAUUCUCAAAUUAAAACAUUUUUAUUUCUUGAAAACAUUGGAUAUAAAAAAAUUAUCUAUCAAUAUCUACCAAAAGUAUGACUUCUUAAAAUUAUUCAAUGACACAGAGAAACAAAUUUGAUUAAUGUGCUCUAUUUCCAUAAUAACAUAUUUUAACAUACUUGUUAUCAACAAAAACCAUUACUUUAUUACAAUACUUUUAAAGUUGUUCAUGAUUUUAUAAGAGAAUGCUACUACUUAUUGAUUUGUUAUUUCUUUCUAUUACUUCUAAAUUAGCUCAUUGUUGAAUAUUUUUGUUAUUGAAUUUAAAGAGAAACUAGGUCUAAGUUGAAGUUAAAAUAUUUUUAUCUUCAAUUAUUUGUAUAAAAGUGUUAACUUUUAAGUUCAUUGAUAAAUGUAUGAUUAUUAGAGUGAUGUUUAA